UAUUUAGUGAAAGUUUCAUCAUAACACCGAGACCGUAUAUAUUUUAAGUUGUGUAUAAAGAACGAAAGAGUGUGUUUUAUCGGGUGAUAAAGAUCCGAGCCGAAGGCGAGAGUCUUUAGUAGAUGGAGCCUUUGAGUAAAUCAAGUCGCCAAUGGCGACACAACUCGAAGAUUGUCAUACAAUAAAUCUGGACAUAAGUCUGUAUAAAGCCUCUUACGAAAGAUAAAGUUUAUAUGAAUCGAUGAGCAUUAAAUCACUAAUCGACGUGGAUCGGAAUAAUCCUUGAAAUCAUCGUAAUAGCAAUGCUGUAUCUAUGAGCCAUAUUCACACGAUAUCUCCUAAAACGACUUCUGAAAUCAACAGAUUCUUAUGCAAGAACCUCCAGACCUCAAAAAUCACAUUUUGCGUUUAAAAAGCCAUUUCUGUAUCAAAACACCUGGCCAUCUUGGUUACAGAUUUCAAAAUGCCCGUAUGUUUACAGAAAAAAAAUUAGUGACUAAUUAACUAGUCCCCCUCACACAUCAUCUCCCUCAUCUCCCUCCUAUAACUCUUCGAUUGCUUCGCAAUCUUCGAGUUAAAAAAACGGCAUUUUAUUGACAAUUGCUCACCUUGGGAUUCAGUUAUGAAACGUACACCUUGUUUUUACAUAAUGAAUAUUCAUGAAUUUUACUGACCAACUUUCGGUCCUGAAUUGGCAGGUGAAAGCGUAGACAUUCUGCGAAAUGCGUUUCAAGACGGAGCGACGUUUACUGGACUUGUAUUUCGCGAUGUUCAGGCCUUGGAUUUGCAUUUGCCAGCUUACAAAACAGCGAUGAGUGUCGGUGCGACAAUAAAUACGGACUCUAUGGAAAGAAACCUGAAGUUGAAUGCAGUCGAGCAUGUUCUGGCGACCCAGCACUAACAUGCGGUGGUGUUUGGAGAAACACUGUCUACUGUUUAGGUAAAAGUAGACUGGGCCGUAUUACUUUUCCAUUUGUCCCUAAUAUGGGUUUGGGAGUAGACUUUCCUUCUGUUCCUUUGUAUAACAAAUUCCUGGGUUGUUAUAAAGAAAGUGUUCCACGUGAUUUAUGGGGUCUGGAAACAACAGCGACCACCAACCGAUGUCUUAAGAUUUGUCAAUCAAGUGGAUAUGCAUAUGCCGCUGUACAAAAUGACAGCCGUUGCACAUGUGGAGUUAGCUAUGGUCGAUAUGGCAAAGCAGACCCUUUUACAUGUAACUGUACCAAAGACACCAAUACAGUGUACGAGACUGGAGGCAUUUGGAAGAUGGAGGAGCUAUUCUAUGGAAACGUCCAGCAGAGUCCGCCACUCGCCAGAAGACAUGUGAUUUACAAAGAAACUUCAGUUGAUGAUUUGUACUUGUGCAUGAGCUAUUGCGAAAAGAACUCGCUGUGCAAGUCAAUCAACUACAAUCACAUGACCCGUACCUGCGAAAUGAACAACGUGACGUCAUUGGAAGGGGAGUCCCAAGCUCGACAAGGCUUCUAUUAUUAUGAACCGGUUGGAAAAAUUUUCAAUCAUCACUGAAAAGCUUGAUGAUCUAUGAAUGCCAGAUGCUCUUUGAUUCUAUGAGGGCAAGAAUACUGUUAUUCAAACUACUAUGCCAUGUCAAUAAAAAAUUCAUUAGGAAUAGAAAAACUGAGAGCUGAACAAAACUUUAAUGGAAAAGUCGAUUUAGUUUUUUUACACCGUGUUAGCUAAACGUAUACAUACAUUAAGAGCUUUAAAAUGGUAGAGAGAACUCAUUAUAUAGAUAAAACACUACACAAUAUGGCACAAAAUUGACCCAAAUUAACUACUGCAAAAUCAAAAUCAAAAUGGCCCAAAACAUUGCACUAAAUCUGCGACGAGGAGGAACUUUCUAGGACACCAUUCACUUGAGUGUACAAAUUAGUAGAAAGAGAUUAGGACAAUUUCUUGAAAGUGCGUUCACUUGGUACCCUAUGUUCACAGUGUCAGUGUACUGUAUAUAUUCCUUUAUGUUGGUGCAUUUUUAUGUACAUCAAUGCAUCGUGAAUCAGAGGAUACUCUGCUGAAAUCUUUCCGAAGGUAACAGGAAAUUCAACUAGGGUCCCCAUAUCCUAGCUAAACAAUUAUAUGUCGUCGAUUUUUUCUUUCAAAAACGUUGUCUCAAAGAAAUAGAACAUUAUUUGUAUUUUAUAGCACAAAGGGAUAUAUUUAGAAAGACAAAAGAUACCCCUGAUCUUCUUUUGUCUUUUUACUAAAUGAUUAAUUUGAAUUGUUUCUAUAUGACAAACCUUUUC